AUGUCUCCUGGUGACCCCCAAGCUGCCAGGACCAAGGGCCUGGUCGGGAAGCCUUUAUUGUACUUUACCAGUGUUUUUGUGUCUCUGGGCGUAUUUCUUUUUGGUUACGAUCAGGGCGUUAUGUCGGGCAUUAUUACCGGUCCUUUCUUCAGAGACUACUUCAACCAACCUGGCCCUGCAGAGGUCGGAACUAUGGUUGCCAUUCUUGAAAUUGGUGCACUCGUCUCAUCACUGGGUGUCGGACGCAUAGGCGACAUUAUCGGCCGUCGGCGGACCAUUCUUUAUGGCUCCAUGAUCUUCUUUGUUGGCGGCAUGUGCCAGACCUUUGCCAACGGAAUGCCAAUGAUGAUGGUAGGAAGAUUGAUUGCUGGGCUUGGGGUCGGUGCCCUUUCAACCAUCGUUCCCGUCUACCAAUCCGAAAUCAGCCCUCCGCAUAAUAGAGGCAAGUUGGCGUGUAUAGAGUUCACGGGCAACAUUACUGGCUACGCUGCAAGUGUUUGGGUCGACUACUUUUGCAGUUACAUCGAAAGCGAUUAUUCUUGGAGGAUCCCCUUGUUGAUGCAAUGUGCGAUGGGGGCGCUUCUUGGAUUUGGCAGCUUAAUCAUUUGUGAAUCCCCGAGAUGGCUCCUAGAUAAUGACCACGACGAAGAGGGCAUCAUUGUCAUCGCCAACCUUUACGGCAAAGGGGACAUCCAUAAUGCCAAAGCUCGCCAAGAAUUCCGGGAAAUCAAGAUGAAUGUCCUUCUACAACGUCAGGAAGGAGAACGGUCGUACAGUGAUAUGUUCAGGCGUUACUACAAACGCGUCUUCAUUGCCAUGUCCGCCCAGGCAUUUGCCCAACUAAACGGGAUCAAUGUCAUCUCUUACUACGCGCCUCUCGUCUUUGAAUCAGCUGGAUGGAUGGGACGAGAUGCUAUCCUGAUGACUGGUAUCAACGCGAUUUCAUAUCUGGCAUCUACCAUACCGCCAUGGUAUUUGGUUGAUAGAUGGGGACGACGACCGAUUCUGCUGUCCGGAGCGGUCGCCAUGAUCAUUUCUUUGUCGCUCAUAUCUUACUUCAUCUUCAUCGACAUCAGGUGGACCCCUGCAUUGGUCGUCGUCUUUGUCAUGAUCUAUAACGCUUCCUUUGGUGCAAGUUGGGGACCGAUUCCAUGGUUGUAUCCUCCGGAAAUCCUGCCUCUCAGCAUUCGGGCUAAAGGAGCGAGUUUGAGCACUGCCAGCAACUGGGCAUUCAACUUUCUGGUGGGCGAGCUCACGCCAGUCCUCCAAGGCGCCAUCAAGUGGAGAUUGUAUCUCCUUCACGCUUUCUUUUGCGCUGUCAGCUUCGUUCUUGUAUAUUUUAUCUACCCAGAGACUGCCAAUGUUCGACUCGAAGAUAUGAAUGCGCUCUUUGGAGACGCUACGACGGCCAUGCCCACGCCAUCGACUCAGGCCGAGCGAGGAUCUCUCGCAGGAAUUGGAUCACCCUCUUCCAUUGAUAUCAGAGGCGGUGCCCCAAAUCAACCAGGCAUCUUCUCGGCCAAUGAUGCAAUUCCUGGCCUGGAUAUUGACCCCCCUGACGUCCGACUCGGUGCUGACGGCAGACCCCAGAUAAGAGGGCAAAACGGCGAAGGAAUUGGAGGAUGGAUCGGGCGGAUGGUCUCAAGAUCACAACAAGAAGGCAGUGCUAGAGGGCAGUACGGGAAGGUUGGACAGGACGAGGACUAG